UUUCGGGCCCUUCCCCGGCGGGGAGCUGCCGGGCAGGGGCCAGGGAAGGUGGCUGCGCCCCGCGAGGUGCGGGGCCUGGCACGCCGCGGCGGCUCUAACUCCGCUCUCUCUUUCUCCCCAUUCAUCCUUCCCUGCCCCCUCCCCGUUGCAGGCGGAGCGGGCCCGGGAGGAGGCGGAGCAGGCGGCCGCACGUCCCCCGGCCGGCCGGCCGGCCCCCCCGCUAUGGGUCGGAAGCGCUGCGUGGGGGGAGACGGCUCCAAGAUGGCGGCGGGUUGCUGCGGGGUGAAGAAGCAGAAACUCUCCAGUUCCCCUCCCUCGGGCUCGGCCGGCCCGGGGGGCGGCGGCGGCAGCUCCCACUGCGGAGGGGCGGCGGCAGCGGGCGGCGAGCCGGGGGCGCUACCCCCGCCGGGGAUCGCCCGCCUCAACGGCCUGGGGGGGCUGGCGGGGGGCGCCGCCGGCUGCGUCCUGUCCCGUCUGCCGCCCAACUGCGGCGGGGGCCCCGGCGGCCUCUCCCCCGCGGCCGCCUCGCUGCUCGCCUCCCCCGGGGCCGGCUCCGGCGGGCCCGGCUGCAGGAAGAUGGUGGUGUCGGCCGAGAUGUGCUGCUUCUGCUUCGAUGUGCUCUACUGUCACCUGUACGGCUACCAGCCCCCGCGGAGCCCCCGCUUCACCAACGACCCCUACCCGCUGUUUGUAACGUGGAAGAUUGGUCGAGAUAAACGAUUGCGUGGAUGCAUAGGUACUUUUUCAGCCAUGAACCUGCAUUCAGGACUCAGGGAGUACACACUUACUAGUGCCCUUAAAGAUAGCCGUUUCCCCCCAAUGACGAGGGAUGAGCUGCCACGGCUUUUCUGCUCAGUGUCUCUACUCACUAAUUUUGAAGAUGUAUGUGAUUACUUGGACUGGGAGGUGGGUGUACAUGGCAUUAGAAUAGAAUUCAUCAAUGAAAAAGGAUCAAAACGCACCGCCACCUACUUACCGGAGGUUGCAAAGGAGCAAGGAUGGGACCACAUUCAGACCAUAGAUUCCUUAUUGAGGAAAGGAGGCUACAAAGCUCCAAUUACUAAUGAGUUCAGGAAAACCAUAAAACUGACCAGGUACCGUAGUGAGAAGAUGACCAUGAGCUACACAGAGUACCUUGCCCAUCGUCAGCAUCAUCACUUCCAAAAUGGCAUUGGGCACCCCCUUCCACCAUACAACCAUUAUUCCUGACACUGAGCCACAUGACCAGUCACUGGACCUCUCUGCAGACCUCUUCCCAGGAGACCCCGCCCCUUCCUGGUCUAGCUAUCUCUAUUACUGUACCAUUUUAUGAUGAUAGUUUCCGUUGCCAUGUUGACGCUUCUCCUUGGUUGGUCAAGUUCAUCGUGGCAACGGGUGAGAAAACUGCAUUAUUACAAACUCCCAUAAUUCUUUUUUAUUGAGUCACUGCGGGGUUUUUUUUUA